UCGAGCAAAAAGUAUCGGUAUUGAAUGGCAAAAAUAUCGAUAUGGUAUCGUAUCGUAUAAAAAUUCGUGCUCCUAUCAGCACAUCGAUAUUUUUCCCCCGACAUUCCUAACGUACGUUGAUAAAAUGGAGCCGGGCGUGAUAAAGAAAUUAGAUGAAGUCGUUGUAAAUAGGAUCGCAGCUGGAGAAAUCAUUCAAAAGCCGUCUAACGCACUCAAAGAGCUCGUCGAGAACAGGUUGAAUAGUUUUCUAGACGCGAAAGCAACUCAUAUCCAGGUAACUGUGAAAUCUGGUGGCCUGAAACUAUUGCAGAUACAAGACAAUGGGACAGGCAUACGACGAGAGGAUCUUCCUAUCGUGUGUGAACGGUUUACAACGUCAAAGCUAUCGAAAUUCGAAGAUUUAAGCAAUAUUGGAACCUUCGGAUUUCGCGGAGAAGCUUUGGCAAGCAUAAGCCAUGUGGCUCACUUAUCCAUACAAACUAAAACAGCUAAUGAGUCCUGUGGCUACAAGGCCACAUAUGAGGAUGGGCUAUUGAAGGGACCCCCAAAAGCUUGUGCUGGAAAUCAAGGAACAACUAUUACCGUGGAAGAUCUCUUCUAUAAUAUGCCACAGAGACGGCAGUGUUUAAAAUCACCUGCCGAAGAAAUGCAAAAAAUUUGUGAAGUCAUGUCCAAAUAUGCGGUCCACAAUUCAAACGUUGCCUUCACACUGAAAAAGUAUGGCGAACAGCCAGCAGUACGCACAGUAGGCAGUAAUUCUCGCGAAGAAAAUAUAUCUCACAUAUACGGACCGCAAAUCGGUGGCACUUUGUUACCCGUUGAUUACGAAGACGAUGUACAUAAAUUUAAAAUGACCGCACUGGUAACAAAGGUAGACUAUUCAGCUAAGCGGGGCACAAUGUUACUGUUCAUAAACCAUAGACUAGUGGAUUCUGCUGCCCUAAAAACAGCCAUUGACGGAGUCUACAGCACCUACCUGCCAAAAGGGAUGCACCCUUUUAUUUAUAUUAGUCUAGAAAUGGCUCCCAAACAGUUGGAUGUUAGUGUUCAUCCAACAAAGCAUGAAGUUCACUUUCUGUAUGAAGAUGAAAUAAUUGAUAAAAUCAAAAGGCGAAUAGAAUUAAAGUUACUGGGUAGUAAUGCAGCUCGUACUUUUUACAAACAGCUACGUUUCUCAGUUGUACCCAGUUCUGAACAUAAUAUCGAGGAGGCAGAGGUAAAAAAUAAAGACAAGGAGCGUAAUGAUAAAGAUCGUGUCCGCACCGAUUCUAAAGAACAAAAAUUAGGAAAGUUUCUUUUGCAAAAGCAAACAUCUGAACCUACCACCAAUUCAAAUUCUACGAGUAUCGGUAAUGUGACUGAUGACAGCUUGUGCGUUGGUACUUCGCGCAAGUCGCAGGUUCAACUUACAAGCGUAAAGAAAAUGCAAGACAAUAUAGAGCGACGGCUCAAUAUUAUGUUGCGUAAGACACUUAAAGAGCUUGUUUUUGUGGGAAUAGUGGACCAAACAUUUGCCCUGUUUCAGCAGGAAACUAAGCUAUUUUUAUGCAAUACAAUCAAGGUUUGUGAAGAACUUUUUUACCAGCGUCUCUUAUUCGAAUUUCAAAACCUACCGCACAUUAAAUUGGAGCCAUCCCUAAAUAUUAGGGAGGCUGUAUUAAUUGCCCUCGAUUGUGAAGAGGCUGGUUGGUCGCCAGCGGAUGGAAACAAAAGUGAACUUGCUGAUCGUGCAAGCAAUAUUCUUCUUGAAAAGGCUCCAAUAAUGCGUGAAUACUUUUCAUUGCGCAUCACCGAAGAGGGCCAACUAGAAACUCUCCCCGCUAUUUUACCGCAGCACUAUCCCUGCAGUACUCAUUUACCAUUAUACUUAUUGCGUCUGGCUACAGAAGUGGAUUGGGAAUCGGAAAUAGAAUGUUUUGAGACAUUUUGCCGCGAAACAGCCCGCUUUUAUGCACUUACUUCCUGUUUAGAAAUGGGGUUACAACCACAACGACAUAAAUGGCUAGUAGAGCAUAUCUUAUAUCCCGGCUUGAAACGAUACUUACUGCCUCCCAAUAACCUCAGACAACAUUUAUAUGAACUAACAAAUUUAUCACGAUUAUACAAAGUGUUUGAACGAUGCUAAGUAUGUAAUUAAUGGACAACUGUAUGUGCAUAAUCAACAGAAAUUAAAAACUAUUUAAUUAUCAUUAAUACA